ACGAGAGCAGACGAGAGCCCGCCUAGCCCGGUGAGUUGAGCUUAAGCCUGCAUGGGAUUUCCCUGCUGUUUACAUAAGGCCCAGCAUUACGCAACACGAGCCGCGCAUGCGCGCCAGUUGAUGAUUGAAGUGUGCAGGCGACACAAGAUCCAGGGGAAACAAUCGGUCUCGUCUGCUGGAGUUGUCUUCCCGCCGCCAGCGACGGUUACACAACAUUCAGAUCACGUGACUAGCGGUCAGACACCAAACUUCACGUGACCAGCGGUCAGACAGCAAACAUCACGUGACCAGCUGUCAGACAGCAAACAUCACGUGACCAGUGGUCAGACACCAAACAUCACGUGACCAGCGGUCAGACAGCAAACAUCACGUGACCAGCGGUCAGACAGCAAACAUCACGUGACCAGCUGUCAGACAGCAAACAUCACGUGACCAGUGGUCAGACACCAAACAUCACGUGACCAGUGGUCAGACAGCAAACAUCACGUGACCAGCGGUCAGACAGCAAACAUCACGUGACCAGCUGUCAGACAGCAAACAUCACGUGACCAGUGGUCAGACACCAAACAUCACGUGACCAGUGGUCAGACAGCAAACAUCACGUGACCAGCUGUCAGACAGCAAACAUCACGUGACCAGUGGUCAGACACCAAACAUCACGUGACCAGUGGUCAGACAGCAAACAUCACGUGACUAGCGGUCAGACAGCAAACAUCACGUGACCAGCGGUCAGACAGCAAACAUCACCGCUGGGUGAGAUGUCGGGCCAAGGUCACGUGCUUGACUGCCCCUAGACCGGACGUUGCUCCAAGACUCGGCCCCAGCAAAUGGUUCCAGCCCUCCAGAGCUGCAGCCGGCACCUGGAGACCACCAUGAACGGCACCAAACCAAAAAUGAAGUGUUAAGUUCUUCUCUCGUGUACCACGUGACUUUGUCAGUUGGAUUGGACCACGUGAUUUGUGUUAGCUCCCUUGUGAUUUUUCUCUUUGGAUUACAAGUGCCCCGUGACCCACGCGAUGACCCCCAACCCCGGCUGGUGACCGUGUCAGGAGACCAUGACACGUGACACGUAUGACGUCACGAUCCGACGGCCCAGCCAGGUCUCCCACAAGCUGGAACUGUUUCGAACCUCGUCCCCCGGCAUGCGCAGACCGUCGAAAGUCAGCUCUAUGAUGGCCAAGAGAACGCUGCUACGAGAAGACUUCCGUGGCUCAGACCGGACAUUGGUCAGCAGCUCGCUGGACAGCAACACCAGCAGCCGCAGCAACGUCCACACCUUCGCCUCCUCCUCCUACUGCAGCAACACCGACAUCCGGUGCGACGACCGGACGGACGAUGAAGACGACGAGGACAAGCCCGAGGAGCUGGAGACAGACAAGGGCCGCUGGGAGAGGACGCUUCAUUACGUCAUCGUCGGCUUCGGUCUCGUCUUCGGCAUCAGAAACAUCCUCAAGUUUCCAUCUCUAGCAGUGGAGCACGGUGGAGGGGCUUUUGUGUUUACAUACAUUUUCUUGACCUUCACCUGCGGUGUCCCCAUUGUAUACCUCGAGGUCAGCCUGGGGCAGUACGCCCGUGGAGGGGUCAUUAAGGCAUGGAGAAUCAUCCCCCUUACUAAAGGUAUCGCCGUGUCUAGCCUGGCCUUGACCUUGGCCCGUCUGACCUACUCCAGCACCCCAGCGGCCUGGGCUGUCUACUACCUGUUCGCGGCCCUGUCCGGCAAACUGCCCUUCCGUCACCUUGACCUCAAAGGUCAGCACAAAGAUAUGACGUCACUGGCCAACCUGACCACGAACGAAACCCGUCUGGACGAGGUGUUGAUGCACCAGGCAGCCUUCAACAAAUUUAAUCAAACAUUCUAUGCCUUGACCUUGGAGGUGACCGACAGCAUAUCCAACAUGGGUCACGUGGUCCCCCACGUCAUCAUCUGUCUGAUGCUGGUCUGGCUCGCCGUCUUCGUCCUGUCUGCCCUCGGCCCGCGUCUCCUGGGUAAGAUAGCGCUGCUGUUGACUGCUGUACCGGCUGUGUUGAUCCUAGUGGCACUGGUCGGUUCCUGCUCCAUGUCUGGCGCCGUUCUGGGCAUCCAAGCUUUCCUCAGUCCCAAGUGGUACCACCUGGCAUCCUUCAAGCCUUGGCUUGACGCCUUCGACCUUGUCUUGUCCAGCCUGGCGUGUGGGACGGGGGUGCUGGUCACCUUGUCAGGACACUGCUGUUUCCAUGGCAACACCUUCAGAAACGCAAUGCUGAUGACGGUAGCUUCCCUUGUCAUGACCUUGGUGUCCGGCUGUCUGCUGCUGUCCUUGCUGGGGGCGGAGUCGAAGCUGUCCGACAUCCGGCUCGAUCACCUGCCCAAGUUCUCUGAUGUGGACCUGGGAUUCGUGGUGUUCCCCUCUGUCACCUCCCACCUGCCCGCCCCCAGACUCUGGAGCAUCCUCUUCUUCCUGGCCAUGGCCCUGCUGGCCAUCUUACAGGCGGCCACCCUGCUCCACCACCUGCAGCAGGGCGUGCUGGAGAUGGCCAACCUGCAGGAGGUCAAGCUACAGUGGAAGUUGGCCAUCCUGGGCGCCAUCGCCAUCCUGGCCAUGUCCUUCAAUGUCCUCACGACGGCCGAGAACGGGCUGUACGUGCUGCGACUCCUCCAGUUCUCUGUCCCCCGUCUGUCUACGCCCCUGAUCUCUGUGGCCGAGUGCUUGACUGUGGGCUGGGGCUACGGGGCCCGCCGGUUCGCGGGCCGCAUCACUGAGAUGACGGGCCGCAACAAAAGUUUCAUCUGGAAGUGGCUCUGGCGUUGGGGGUGUCCUGUGGUCUUGUCGGUGGUGUCCGUGGCCGCCAUCUUGACGACCAACCUGUUGGAGGACCUGCCGGCCUGUGACCUUGACCAGAGCUGGAUCUCCGCCCUCGCCUGGUCCCUCAGCGCCGCCAUCCUUCUCCCCGCUCUCCUCAUUACGGCCGUCUCUCUCGCCAGGACCCCGGGCACAUUCAAGCAGCGUCUCCACCAGCUGCGGACCACGCCCACCUCCUGGGGCCCCGGGCAUCCCGAGCACGAGCCUCAAGCGGACCUACCUGAUUACGUCAUAUGUCAACCUGACCCGUUCCGUCCGGCCAACGCCCUAGCCAUGUUGACGGCCAACCUCUACCUGCCCAACAUCGUCAACUUUGUCAACAUGCAGCCUCCAGGGACGGAGACCGAGGUCCUGCAGGACUCCGUGUCCGACAUGGCUGACCUGAGCAGCUCAGACGACGAGAACUCCAUCGACAGCCCCUCCCACAGGGACAGCUGCCUCGGGCGUUGCCACGCAACCAUCCCAUGCUUGAGUCACGUGAUCGGCCUGGGGAACAUCGUCAGGUUCCCGUACCUGGCAUAUCAGCACGGGGGAGGCGCUUUCAUCAUCGCCUACGUCAUCAUCCUGGCCUCACUGGGCGUGCCGCUUGUCAUCAUUGAGAUAGCCAUUGGUCAGUUCUCUAGUCUGGGCCCCGUACACGUGUGGCGUGCAGUACCCAUCUUUAAAGGUGUUGGCUACUCAAUGGUUGCCGUGUCUCUGGCCACUACCGUCUACUACAGCGUUGUGACGUCAUGGUCCGUGUUUUACCUGGCUACCUCUCUGACGUCAGUGAUGCCAUGGAAGGGCUGUGAAAAUACCUGGAACACAAACUCCUGCACUCCCCAUCCGUCAUGUCAGUCUAGCGAGUCUACCAUGACAGAUGACAGAACCAACCGGCGGUGUGACGUCACACACCCUGAAUGUCUCAGGGUCAACGACUCGCUGUGUCAGGACGCGACCUUGAACUUCACCAACAUAAGCUCCCGCUCCACAGAAGAGUAUUUUUACCUGUCAGUUGUGAAAGUCUCAGACGGCUGGCAUCAGGCGGGAGAACUCAGGUGGCAGCUCUGUCUGUGUCUGCUGGUCACGUGGUGUGUCAUUCUCCUGUGUCUCAUCAAGGGCUUCCGGCCAGGUGGCAAGACGACCUACUGCUUCAUGACCUUGACCUGUCUGACCUUGCUGAUUCUCCUGGUGCGCUGCAGCUCUUUGAUGGGCGGACACGACGGACUCAGCUACCUGUUCACGCUCCAGUGGUCCAAGCUGAUGGAGGGUCAGGUCUGGCAAGACGCCGCCUCCCAGGUUUUUCUCUCCAUGUCGCUGGGCUGCGGGAGUCUGGUUGCCAUGGGAACCUACAACAAGUUCAGCAAUAACGUCAUUAGGGAGGCGGCGCUACUUGGUGUGAUUGACACGGCGAUCAGCCUCUUGUGUAGCCUGGUGGUCUUUGCUGUUGUGGGCACCAUCUCACACUCUACGGGCAGCGGGCUAGACACGGCGGCCAAACCAGAUAUUGGCCUGACCUUUGUGACGCUGUCCAGGGCCACCCUGGUGCUCCCCUGGCCACUGGUCUGGGCCAUCCUGAGCUUCCUGGUGCUGGUCUCUGCUGGCGUCAUCACGUGCGUGUCUGCCAUGUCCACGGCUGUGACGUCACUUAUGGACAUGCUGACCGGACCAAUGAAGAAGCACCGGAAAUGGCUGAUCGUCUGCGUCUGCGCACUAGAGUUGGUCCUGGCCCUCCCCAUGACGUUACAGAUCGGGUUCCACGUGAUCGACUUCCUGGACACCCACCUGUCUGGCCUGCCCCAGCUGUGUGUGGGGGCGGCAACUCUCGCAGCCUUCGCGUGGGUCUACGGGAUUGGUCGUCUGUGUGCUGACGUCAGCAGGAUGGUGGACGCGCCCAUUGGCUGGUGGUGGAGGCUAAUUUGGGCGGUCGUCUGCCCUAGUAUCCUCUCUAUGUUGCUGGUCAGUUCUCUGAUAUCUGUCAUCAGCGCUGACGAACAUGCUGGACACCCCUGGUGGCUCAAGAUACUUGGACUCGUCCUGUGGUUCAUGCUGCUGGUGCCUGUCUUUGUUGGCGUCGGUCACGAGACCAGUCGUCACACCACGUCUGCUUCACUGCUGGAGAAGCUGAGAAGAUCGUGCCAACCGAGGAAGGAGUGGGGCGCCACCCUCCACCGAUGUAGCAGCGUGGUGGAGUACUACCCCACAGUCCACACCCACCUCGGCCUUGACCUCAGUCGGGACGGUCUCAACACUGUGGCGGAUCACGUGGACUUCACGUCUGUCAGCGUCCCCAGCCUGUCGCAGACGACUCUACUUCCGGUCUCCCCCGGCACGCCCCGCUGCAAGCGACCAAUGGACAUGCGCCAUAAAGCCAUCCUAAACCACGCCUACAGCAACCCGCAGUGCCACCUGUCGUCCGGCUCCCUGGAGCGGCUGGGCAAGAAAAAACGUCACUCCAUGGUGCUGGCCAACGAGGAGCUCCAUGACGUCAUCCUGGCCAGGAAGUCCAAACACAAAGUAAGCAGACGUGACGCUUGGACCCAGACUGACCAAGGCUGGCCGGAGAACAGGCUGUGCAGACAGCGAUCUCAACCCAUCGUUCACGUGACCAAGAAAAUUCCUGCCAUGGCCCGCUCGGCCUCCUGGCACCAUCUACCCCACAGAGCCGCCAUCUUGAGAGUCAGCAGUCAACACGUCAACCCCCACAAGAUGACGUCACACAAGCCUCACGACACGAUAGCCCAGAGAAGGAGGAGGUACGGCCAGAGCGCGGCUCCCAACCUGCGGCUCCUCAUCACGGAGGACGGGGAGGAUGAGGCAGGCAGUCCGGCACACGUGACCCGCCCCAGUGCCUGCGCUGUCUAUCCGUCGGAAAUGACGUCACUGCUGAACAUCAACGGCCGACAGCUGACAUCUACAGACGUGAUACCCGCCGCCAGGAUUCUAGUGACGUCACAGAGCCAGCAUCAGAUCCCCAGGUGUCCCCGGCUCCAGAGGAGCGGCUCCACCUCCUCAGGUGGGAGGUCCAAGUCUGUGGAGGAGCCGCCGGUCAGUGCCAGACAGAAACUUGUUGCCGGCACUGACAACGUCUCGUGCACACGGCUGGACUGGUCGGAGCCGGCAAAACUUGGGCGUGUCAAACCGGAAGUUGCUCGCACAAAACCGGAAGUGACCCGGACGAAAUCCGACUCGGAUUACGUCAGCAUGAUGAGGGUGGUGCGGAAGGGCAGCCUCUCAAGGUCGGCCUACAUGGUGCUCCCCAACAAGGGACAUCACCGGAGUAAGUCGGUCUCCGGCAGGGGGAGCUGCAUCAUCUUGGAGGAGGAGCCGGAAGUGGACGAGGUGCGAGACGACUUCCGCGCAUGUCUGCAGAUGAUCCACGGAGAGACGGAGAUGAGCAAGCUCUGAGAGGCGAGGUGGGGGGGAAGGAGGGGGAGGACUCGAACCCCACCCGUCCUCCCUGCUUCUCGGGUCAAAAGGUGCAACCCCCCCCCCUGAGAAAUGACAACCACAAUUCUACAACAGCCACGGUUGUCCACAUGACAACCACCCUGGCCUGGUUGUACGGCUGACAUCUGCUGGUUAAAGACACGAGCUGAUCACGUGAUAACCGUGUCACCCAGUCAACCAUUUCAACUUUUAACGUCUGUCUGAGUGCGUCCUAUCGGAUGACUUGACGCCAUAUUGGAUGACUUGACGCCAUAUUGGAUGACUUGACGCCAUAUUGGAUGACUUGACGCCAUAUUGGAUGACUUGACGCCAUAUUGGAUGACUUGACGCCAUAUUGGAUAACUUGACGCCAUAUUGGAUGACUUGACGCCAUAUUGGAUGACUUGACGCCAUAUUGGAUGACUUGACGCCAUAUUGGAUGACUUGACGCCAUAUUGGAUGACUUGACGCCAUAUUGGAUGACUUGACGCCAUAUUGGGUGACUUGACGCCAUAUUGGAUGACUUGACGCCAUAUUGGGUGACUUGACGCUAUAUUGGAUGACUUGACGCCAUAUUGGAUGGCUUGACGCCAUAUUGGGUGACUUGACACCAUAUUGGAUGACUUAACGCCAUAUUGGAUGACUUGAGUUUGGGCACUGCUUGUUUGAUGAUUUAUUUAUUUUUGCUGAAACUGAGUUGUAAAUAGUGUAGAAGGUCGUGACCUUGGCUGUAAAUAUAACGCCUAAUUUACAGGUAUAUCAUGAUGUCCAGCAAAGAUCGACUGUGAUGUCAUAUUUUAAACCUUUGCAUAAUCACCAUGACAUACCAUGACAAAUGUCAUAACUUUUACAUAAUCACCAUGACAUACCAUGACAAAUGUCAUAACUUUUACAUAAUCACCAUGACAUACCAUGACAAAUGUCAUAACUUUUACAAAAUCACCAUGACAUCAACAGACGAUGACAACUGUCAUUGAUAAACAAGUUGACGUCACUGACACAGACACUGACACUAACACUAACACUGACACUAACAAUAACAAUAACACUGACACUGACACUAACACUGACACUGAUACUAACACUGACAGUGACAAUAACAGUGAGACGGUAUAAUGCCAAAAAUUGUAGAAUUUUCAGUGUAUAGUUGUAUUUUUCUUAGUCUAAACAUGUAACUUAGAUGGUAGUUCAAGUCAUAAUUAUGUUAACAUAACUCACCUCAUCAUAUAACAGAUCAACUUAUGAGAUUGUAUAUUAUGUUGUUAGCUAAAGUCAUAUGUUAACAUAACUCAUCUCAACAUAUAACACAUAUUAUGUAUAUCAUGUUGUUAGCUAAAGAUCACCGCCCUUAAUGUUGACACUGACACAUGGCAGUAGCACACUGUCAUGUCAGUAGAUAGUUUUGUCAAGUUCUGCCUAGUUCAUAAUAAAGCAAUAAAACCUUUCUAGUUCGCCUGUCAGUUGAUGGUAGGAACACAACAUGCAGAAGGCAAAAAAGGGAAAAAAGUCACAACUGUUUAUUUACAUGAAAUUUGUCAUUUGUUGAUACUUUCAGAAAGUGUAAAUCAACAUACAGUUAAUUAAUUGUAAUGCAAACAUUUUAGGUUUUAUUUCUAUGAUUAUAAGACGUAAAACCUAUGUAGGUUUGCAUCUCGUCACAAGAUAGAAUGAGGAAGAAUGUUCAGUUUUCAUCCGGUUUUUAAUUUCUAACUUUGAUCAGGUUAACUUGGUAGAGUUAACAUUUGUUGUUAUCAAUUGAUGGCAAUAAAAAUGGCAACAAUAGUUUACUGUCCAGAUGUAUCGAGCUCAUGACAUCACAAACUAUAGGAUCAAACCAAAAUGGCAACAAUAGUUUACUGUCCAGAUGUAUCGAGCUCAUGACAUCACAAACUAUAGGAUCAAACCAAAACUGACACGAUACACUUUCGUUGAAGCAAAACACGAACAAUACACUAUGUGGACGGACUAAGCCGACAGAAGAAAGGCCGACAGAAGAAAGGCCGACAGAAGAAAGGCCGACAAGGCAAA